UCGGCCAUAUUGUGCGGGGCGAGGACAGAUUUUUGGAUUCGGAGCAAAAGUUGGAUUAUUAUUGAAAAAUGCCGUCACAUUGUUCAGCAUACAACUGUGUUCAGAGACGGGAUGAAGCAUCAAAGCUCAUUGGAAUCACUUUCCAUAGUUUUCCAAAGAACGAAGAGCUGAGGCUACAGUGGGCUCGGGCGGUGAAACGCUCAAACCUGGAUCGCACUCUGUGGAUGCCUGGCCAGCAUGAUGUGCUGUGCUCCAAACACUUCAAGGAUACUGAUUUUGAUCGCACUGGUCAAACUGUACGACUCCGUCCGGAUACCAUACCGUCGAUAUUUAACUUCCCCAAGCGUUUGAAGAAAAAAAAACCAACGCAGGAAAUUGCUGUAAGCCAGGCAGCAGAUGCAGCAGAGAACUCAGCAGAGUUGGGGAAACCUGAAGAAAAAUUGCAGGAUUGUUCAUAUAUUUCAAAGGAUCACGCCUAUGCGGUUCCUGAUCCAGUAGAACUUCGGCAGCGAGUUGAAAAGCUAAAUGCUCAUAGGGAGCAUUUAGAGCAGCAGCUCCAUAACUGCAGGAGGAUGGAGAAGCGAGCGCGUGCCUCGUGCCGCUCUCUGCUCGAAGAGCUGUCCGAUAAAAACAUGCUGUCUGCAGACCUGCAAGCCAAGCUGGGAGCUUAUUCUGAUAUUCCGGUGGAGUUGUUUGAGAGGCCAUCUCAAUCGUACUCUGAAAAGCAGAAAUGUUUUGCAUUAGCCCUGUUCUCCCAUAGCCCAAAAGCCUACGAGUUUCUGCGAGAAGAAAUGAAAAUCCCUCUACCUAAUCCCCGCACAGUGUGUCGAUGGUCAGAGGGUGUGGAUUUGUCACCUGGCUUUAGUGAUGCAGCACCGAGUACACUUCACGCACGGAGUAGGGAUGAUUCUCAGCAGUGCACUUUGGUCCUACAUGCUCCAAAAUCAAAAGAUUACCAGGCGUAGUCCCUUGAGUUCUUGUGGAGCAGCCCUUUGUAUGCACAUAUAGACUCAUCCAGGACCAUUUGGAAUUGUUCUUCUGUUCUGUGAGAACAGCAGGAGGUCGGAGCAGCAGCCAUACAUGUAAAGACUUGAUUGCUCCUUGUACGCAGUGGUAUCAGUCCGGGAAAGAAGGGACAUGUUACAAUGGAGGACUUCACCCGCAGUUGUCAAACAUCAGUCUCAAAGAAAGGAAAGCAGGAAGUGCCAACCCAAUAUGAACCGACUGACACAACUGUAACUGUCGACUAUACCUACUGUGAACGGGUGGUGCAGAGUCAUAUAGGAUCUGUGGGAAAUAUACAAUAAAUUACAGUUUGUUUCAUCAGAAAUUCAGAAUUAAGCCUCUUUUCUGAUCCUGACUUUGUGAAUGGAGAAUUGUACCACCUGCUGAAGUUAAAAAAUAACAGGUUCCUUCUCGGGGGGAUUGUUUAUAUACUCAUAAAUGCUGAAAAAGCUCUCUGGAGGUCCAUGAACAUUAGUAUGUCAACAACUGCAACCCGACAGCCACAUGACAUGUUUAAUUUAGGUCAGCAUGUCAAUGACACUUAGUUUGAUAUUGACAACCACUAUUUGGAUUUGAUAGAAAUCCUUGUCAGUGCACAUUAAAUCAGGCAAUAACAUGUUGCUAAGUUAAACACGUCUUCAAUGAAUGAUGUCUUUAAAAGGCAGAAGCCAACCGAAAUAUGGUCAUCUUUUUUUAGUGGUCAAUAACAAAAUAUAAGAUUUCUAUCUGGUAAAAAUUGCAAUUGAAAAUAUAAAGAUUGUUCAUUGAACACACAACUCUGCAGAAUAGCCAGUUUGAUUUACUGCAGUUAUGAUAAAUGUUCAGAUUGUAUGCCAUCAACUUCAACUCUCUGCAGUGUGAAAGCACACUGACAUACCUCAGUACAUAAGUAGGAACUGCACAGUAACUUUAUGGACAGCUUGUUUAUAUUUGUAAAAUACAUUGACUCAGAUCAUCUCAAAGUUUGAGUUCCUAUAUAAUGUUUCUCAUUUUUGCUAAGUUGCUAUGAUUUGUAAAAAUGAUGUGGAAACAUAAUGUAUGCACAAUAAAACUUCAACAUCA